AUGGAGGAAGUUCGACCAAUGGAGGAAUAUUUACAAGUGAUACCCUUGGAGCUUGAUAUCAUGAAGCAAGAAUUUAAGAGAAAGAAUUUGGAACUCGAAAAGAAGAUAGAAAAACUUGAGGAGGAGAAGAUGUACCUAAGUCUAGAUGUCGACCUGCAAAAGAAGGAGGUUGAAAAGGUUAGGAAAGAAAAGAGGAAGGUUGAGGAAGACAGAGAUGAUUUAAAAGAAAAGUAUAAGAAGGCACAAGUAUCUUCGAAGCAAGUGGGGUUAGGAAGGUCUUUAGAACAGUGGCAGAAAGAAGUUCUAGAGGAAAAAGUUAUAGCCGAAUACUGGGAGAAGAAGUGCUAA